AUGGUAUUGAAGGCGAGAUACAGCGACAAUGAGCAUGGCGUGCCGCACUUUGCUGGCUUGACCGGCGCGAAGCUGUCGAUCCUCGUCUCGGUCAUCGCAACCUCGGGCUUCUUACUCUUUGGUUAUGACCAAGGUGUGAUGUCCGGUAUCAUUACGGGCGAGGAUUUCAACAAUUAUUUCCCACAGACCAAGAACAAUUCGACAUGGCAGGCUUUCGUGACCGCGAUAUACGAGGUUGGGUGCCUUUUGGGGGCGAUCUUCCAGCUCAUGUGCGGCGAUGCAAUUGGGAGACGGCGCGCCAUUAUUCUCGGCGCAUCGAUCAUGAUCAUUGGCGUCAUAAUCCAGGUCACAGCCUUCUCCGGUGCGAAUGCGACUGCGCAGUUCAUCAUUGGUCGGACGGUCACUGGAAUCGGCAAUGGAAUCAACACCUCCACUAUUCCGACAUACCAAGCAGAAUGCUCCCGCACGAACAACCGUGGCCUCUUGAUCUGCAUUGAGGGUGGCAUAAUCGCAUUUGGCACCUUACUCGCAUACUGGAUCGACUACGGUGCGUCUUACGGACCUCCAAACCUUACCUGGCGCUUUCCAAUCGCCUUCCAGAUCGUCUUUGGACUUAUCAUCGCAAUCACCAUGAUAUGGCUGCCGGAGUCGCCUCGAUGGUUAUUGACCCGCGAGCGACACGAGGAAGCCAUAGCCGUACUCGCUGCUCUCCGUGGCACCCACCGUGAAGACGAAGAGGUUAAGCUCCAGGCCGGCAUCAUCAACGACAGCAUCCGCGCUUCCGGUCACAUCGGUGGCAACACUCCCUACAGCGCCCUGUUUACUGGCGGCAAGACCCAGCACUUCCGCCGGAUGGUGCUCGGCGCAUCAAGCCAGUUCUUCCAACAGAUAGGUGGCUGCAACGCCGUGAUAUACUACUUCCCCCUGCUCUUUCAGGAGACCAUCGGCACCGGUCACAAUCUUGCACUUCUGCUCGGUGGUGUCAACAUGGUCAUCUACGCCAUCUUCGCGACGACUUCAUGGUUCAUUAUUGAGCGCGUAGGCCGGCGCAAGCUUUUCAUCAUUGGUAGCAUUGGCCAAUGCUUGUCCAUGGUCCUAGUAUUUGGGGCGCUCAUCCCGGGCACACCGAGUGCAGCCAAAGGUGCUGCAGUUGGGCUAUUCACUUAUAUCGCGUUCUUCGGUGCUACCUGGCUGCCACUGCCCUGGCUGUACCCAGCUGAGAUCAACCCGCUCAAGACUCGCGCGAAGGCCAACGCUGUAUCUACGAUCAGUAACUGGCUGUGGAACUUCACUGGUAAGGCUGACAUACCGCAUCAGAAACAUCCAACCCGAGCUAACUGCAUGUCUAUAGUUGUUAUGUUUACGCCUCCUUUCGUCACCGCCGCACCAUGGGGCACCUACCUCUUCUUCGCCGUCGUCAACGCUUGCUUUGUUCCGAUAAUCUACUUCUUCUACCCGGAAACCCGGCGACGCAGCCUGGAAGAGAUCGAUCUCAUCUUCGCCAAGGGCUACCUGGAGAACAUGUCGUACGUUCGCGCUGCGCGCGAGCUUCCGUAUCUGACAGACGAGGAAAUCGAUGCGAAGGCGCGCGAGUAUGGCUUCACGAGCGACGAUGACGAGGCGGGUCAGAUAAAGGAGGCGAGAUACGGUGAGAAGGAGGGUGAUUUGGCUGCCAAUGUUGGCGGCCAGUUGGCUUGA